AGGGGCUGGGGCUGGGUAGGAGGGGAGGAAGAGGGGGGGCUGGGCAAGGGUGAACAAAUGCGGGAUUCGCGGGGCCUGCCGGCGCUGGUCCUGCUCUGCGCUGCCCUGAGCCGAGCUGCCCUGCUCAGCUUCCUGUGGGCGCCCGAGCUGACCGCCCUCUCUUUCCCCACGCAGAGCCGAGUAGAGCCGAGGAGAGCGGAGGAGGGAGGGGGGAAAAAAGCACGAGUUCGGAGCACGAGCGAGGCCUUCCCCGAUUUCACCUUCAAGCGCUGGACUUAGGAGCCUCCCGCCGCAACCAUUUAAUUUGGAAUGAUGGUGGACCUCAGUAUUUCAGCAUUCCAUUGAGAAACCCAGGUGCUGUGCUGUAAUGUCAGAGGACAGAGAGGACACGAUAGCAAAGAUGACGUCUCCACAUUCGCAAUCAGAUCCCCGAGCAAAGCGAGGACUGCUAUGAGCAGAAGAGAGGGUCUGAGCGGUGGAGGGAGGGCAGCCGAGAGGAGAGGAGGGGAGAGGAGUGAUCUGCGAGCGUUCACUCUCCCCCGGCAUGCAGGAGAGCAGAACAGGAGCUGUAUGAGUCUGUUUUCAUCUGGGAAGAAAGGUGGGAGUGUAUCUGAGGUGAAUGUUUACGCUUAAUAUUUAUCUCACCUCUCAUCAUUUAUUUGACCUGAAGCUUGCUGAGGCUGUCUACCAGGCUGCUGGACUCCAAAUACCAGGAUCAAAGACUGUCCUUUGGGGUGAGGUAGUAGGUUGUAUAGUUUGAGGGUCAUACCCUUCCUGUCAGAUAACUAUACAACUUACUGUCUUUCCUGAAGUGGCUGUAAUGUCAUCGUUCUGCAGAAAUGGGCCACCCUUCCUUUCAGCAGUACAAAUACACUUGAUAAAUAGUUUUAUUGAUACGACUUACAUGUUUAGCCAUUCUGGUCAGUUUGUUUCAUUUCUAAAAACGAAAGGUUGAUAUGAAAUGGUAUAAAAUUGUAGGACAUGAAAUGAAAUGUUGUGUGUCCAUAUAUUUUUGCAAACUGUCAGUAUAAAGGUGAGUGUAGUAAAGUGGAGUGCAGUGAAUACACUAUACAUUAAAUGUGAAUAUAUAUAUCAGGUAUUAUUUAAAUCUGGCCUCUGGUCGAUGUCAAAUGUAGACUUUAAUCCAAGGGCCAGGAUUUUCUAUCUUCUUCUCCAAACGCUGAAAGCAAUGAACCACCGUCUUUGUAUUAGUUCUUCCUGUCCUGAUGGCAACCAAUGAUGUUCGCACAGGGUGAGGUAGUAGGUUGUGUGGUUUCAGGGUAGUGAUUUUGCCCCAUCAGGAGAUAACUGUACAACCUACUGCCUUCCCUGGAGGGCAGCGAUACAGCGCCAGCCAACGCAACACAACAACAAGUUCAUCAGUUCAAUAGAAGGCAGGCAUACUUUCCAUUCUGGACGAUCCUUAAGAGAACUCCCAAAGCUACCUCACCUGGGAUGUCUGUGUACAGUAUGUGUGGGACAUUACUUCAGGUAGGACAGUCCAAAUUCCCUGUUACAGUUACAUUGCUGAACACGGAACACUCGAUUACAUUUUAUGCUCUGCUUAGCCUGUCUAAACGGAUUCUCUUACAUGUUCACUGUGGUAUGAAUAAAACAAUUGAUUGUUGCUUAAGACCUUGGUGUUGGCUCUUAUUUCCCUUUUGACCUUUGACCUUUGUGUUAUCGAUCCUAAUGGCCCUGGCCCCUCGUUCAGUCGGAGGCCUCCACAGUGGCUGAAGGAGUGAGUGAGAGAGAGAGAGAGAGAGAGAGAGAGAGAGAGAGAGAGAGAGAGAGAGAGAGAGAGAGCACUGAGACCGUGAAUAAAUAAAACAUGGGCUUCGCAGCGCAGGACAUGGCCAUUAGGCAAUGUUCACUGCAUGGCUACACAGCCUAUGGGACCUGAGAGGGCCAGACAAGAACACAGGGUUUCCAGGGUUUCCUGCACUACUGCCUCCUGUCCUGUCUGACAAGUGAUGCGUGCCUUCGGUGUGAAACAGGCCAUGGCUUCCGGAUCUCAGCUGACUAAGGACAAACAGCAAGUGUUAGCUUAGCAGUGGCUGUGAACCAGAGAAGGCCAAAGCUAUUUGACAAAAUUAUCUGAUGAGCUGACUUCAGCCCUGCAGAAUGCUAGGGGUUUAGAUACAGAAUGUCUCUUUGAUAGUUCUGUAUAUCUUACCUGUAUGAGGAGCAUGUGAAGGGCAAAAAUGCUAUUAAAAUUAUCUCUGUAGAUUGUUUCAGUUAUUUAGUCAGUGUGAAGUUUGAAAAGAACAAAGUUAAAGAGUGCAACGAACAAAAUACCUAUGGGGCAAAUAUUUUUUUUCGCUCUUCAUAUUCCUCUUUCCCAGUCACACAGUAUGGACGGUGUUUACCUUAUGAGAAACCCAUGCCACUUUUAUUGCCCUGGGACCAGUGUAUGAAACAUAGGUCUGCCAACAGAACUCCUCAUGGCAGAUCCUUCGCACUGUAAACUAUUGAAAAUCCUGUUUUAAUCACUGGCAAGAAGGAAGUGUUUUGGGCUUUUUUCUUUUUUUUUUGGCCAUAGCCAGACAUUUCACAUGCCUGUCUCAGCAGGGGCCAAAAUUCUUCUAAAUGUUGUGUAAUUCUGGGCAUUACAGGUCAAAGAGGACAAUGUAAUUAAGUGUGAUGAAAAAUGGGUCAGGGGAGUCACAUAAUCAAGGCAGCAGCCAUGUCAUGCUAAUCUAUUUAUUACAGAAGCUUGAUACCAACAGAAUCUGCUCUCUGAUCUGAGCACAGAUUAGCAUUGCACGCUAUUAGCCGUAAUAUUUUUCUUCCACGACCCACACAAAGAGACUAGUGUGGGACCUGUUGUUGGUGGCAGUGUUGUUGUAGAAUGUUAAAUGUGAGAUUACAGGCUGUUCUGUUAGCGAUCCUCCUGUGCCUCAAGCGGAGUUAAAAACACCACUCACUUGCUGAAGAUUAGUUGAGUUGCUAUGGUUCUGAUGCUCCCCCCAAACACCCAGCACUUGAAUUGACGUGGACCUUGGCCCUGUGGACGGGGGCGGUUGAGUGGAAUACUAAAACUGGCAAGACAAUGGCGCUGUGUUUGGCUUGUCACAGGGAACGAGUCUCACGCUUUUGUAGUCUGUCUCACUGCAAGAGGUAGUUCCUCCCCCAGGCAACGGUUUCUCAUGAAGGGGAGGUGAGCACCACCUAGUGGCUGUCUGCUGCUACUGUUGUGGUUAGAAAGAGGAGGAUUUAGUUUGACGCCAAAUUCACUGCAGUUUAUUUAGAGGGGUAAAAGUGGAAGAAAAAAAAGAUGAAUUUAGAUCAGAAUGGCUAUGUAAAAUGUGUGUGUGUGUGUGCGCGCAGAGAGAGAGAGAGAGAGAGAGAGAGAACUCUUAUACUUCAGAACAUAAUUGGUCAAGUGGAAGAAUAGAUUUUCUUGAGUCAUGGUGUUUAAAGCCAUAUUUAGCACUUGAAGGAAAUGUCUUUCCUAAAAACCUACAAUUAUUGUGGCCCAAAGAGAAUGCCUGACCUUGCCUUCCACCAGAACCUUACUGGAAGCUGACCAUCUGGGUUUCAGACUUCAGAUUAUGACAAUGUAACAUGGUCAGUCUAAACCACUAUCUGUCAGUACUCACUACUAUCUAGCUAUCACUACUCCAGGGUAUGGUACGGUAAUACUAGGUGGGCAAUGGCAGGUUUGCAUAUUUUUGUCACCACCGCUAUAAACUGGAGUUGACUAAAGCACAAUGAAUAACAUUGCCCUUCCUGAACUGCUAAUUGCACCAACAAAGUGGCAACCAAGUUUCAAUUAGAAGAAAAACAGAAUGGACAGGAUGUGAACAACAGCACAUUUUUGUGGCAUUAGUCUUCUCACGUACCCUCAUGUAGUUUUCAAGAAGAUUCUUCCACCUGAAAACUAUAGUUGGGCAAAAAAUAUGAAAGAAACUAAAAAAAAAAAACACACACAAUUGGAGCAAAAACAAAUUGCAGUUGUGACUUGAAGAAUAUAGAUUACUGUGUGAACCUACUUAUGUGUGCAGCGCCUUUAGAAACCCAAAUGAUGCUUAGAGAGACACAUCUUGGUAUGUUAUCUGAUACGUGGGCUUUUCCAAGGAAGAAUGAUAUCCCUUGCAGAUCCAUACUUCCUUGUGUUAUAAAUGAACAUAAUAUGAAAUUCACGCAUUCCUGGUAGAUUGUGAUGUUUCACUAGACUAAUGAACUUUCAGUCUUUUAUUUGGUGGUUUGCAAAUCUGGCCUGCCUGCCAUGGCCUGAGCACGGACCAACUGCUCUCUUGAACAAUAUUCAGGGCUCGCCUCCCUUUCUCCUCCUUGUCUGUGGUGCUCCCGUUGUGAUGUAUUCAUCCCUAUGGGCAUACAUUUCACUUAGAUUUACAAAAUGAAGAAACAUCAUUUCAGCAUAAAAGUUUAUGGCUAUUUUUUGGCUCAGACAGUACCAGUGAGGACAUGUGCAGGAUUUUGCACAAAUUGUGAAAUGUGGCGAUGUCCCCGAUUGAGCCCUCUCUCUCUCCCUCUCUCUCCGGCGUAUGCUGACUACAGCACAAGAGCGGUCCAGAUUUCUGUCCGCCUCAGAGGAGGCUGUUGCAAUGGUCCACUGUCCAGAUAUGCUUCUGCUCGCUGACAAUGCUCUUGACAUGGCUCCAGGGAAUGCAGAGCACACAGCCGAUCACGACCCUGUCAUGGGGUGCGUGUGGCUGUGAUGGAAAAGGGACAUGGCUGGCUUGGUCCUCUAGAUGUCUGGGCCUGCUCCCAGAAUCUGCAGAAACAAACCAGCCAUCUUUCAGUGGCCUUGUAUGUACACCCAGGCAACAACAGAGGCUGGAGUGGAGUGUGAUGGUGACUGGCUACCUAUGUUUGCUACCUAGCUUUGUCAGAUGUAUUGGUCAUGAGCGGUAAGAGCGUUGGUUAAUGCAAUCACUAAAAUUCAUAUGAAUAUAAAAGAUGACAAAUGCACAUGGACAUAAAAGGUGAUUUCUAACUUUGUAUAUCAUGAAAAAAAUAAAAGUACAGACUGACAUCGGCCUAUGUUCAAGGAUUUAUUCAUUUAAUGAAAGACACUAGAACUAAUCUUUUUCAUUCUUAAACCCAAACAACACCCUGUGUCAUUAAAUGCUUUCACAAAUGAUGGAUUCAAUUGAGCUUGCCUGUUUGAGAUUUAAAUGUUGUUUCAAGAUAUUGCAUUGGGAGGUGAAUGAUAAUCUGUUGACAACUCCCCGUGGAAACGUUUGGCACAUCUACGUGAACAAUGUAUAUUUUGAAACAAUCUGGUCUAUGCACUAAUGUUAGUUCCCCAUUGCGAAUUUAUCAUAUUAAAAGACCGAAGAAAAACGGUUGCUGUCAUUACAAUGUUAGGGGGCGUCCUGCUCUAGGGAAAGAAGACGCGUUUCUAUUCGCUGAAACUAUAGGUGUGUCAGGGGGUGUGGGUUUUCCUCUGUCAUUCAUGACGCCAUAUCCGGCGUUGGGCAGCGCGGCUGCUGUCUUGCUGCGGCUGUAGAGGGAGUUUGACAGCAGCUGUGCUGUUGGGGACAAACAAGGACGUGUGUUAGGGGACUAUUUUUUAACCUCCUUGUUCCCCCACCCCCUGGUCACAGUUUGACAGUCUCAUAGGCUGACGAGUUCCUCGGCGAUAUGGCAGCUUUGGUCUGGACUGUUCAAUGCAAGUCUGAUGAGUGAGUCAGUUGCUUGCUCUGUCCGCCAUCAUGGUAGACAUGGAGAGCCACUACAGCCCCCCCUCCCCCUUGGAGGAGUCUGUGCUGGGCAGCCCGUUGUGUGGGGACUUCAUUGGCAGCAUGGAGGACCUGCAGGACAUCUCCCAGUCCAUUGACGACGACGCCCUCAGCUCCUUCGGCGUGCCCGAGUACCAGUCCUCCAGCCUGGGCUCCGGCUCAGAGAGCUCCACCAUGCUGGACGCCCUGACCCCAGCAUCCAGUCCGUCCUCAGGUGUGUAUGGAGCGGUCCCCGGGCAAGAGGAGUUCUCCUCCACCUCCCUGAACCUGGAGUGUCGUGUGUGUGCCGACCGCGCCUCAGGAUACCACUACGGCGUGCACGCCUGUGAGGGCUGCAAGGGUUUCUUCAGGAGAACCAUUCGCCUCAAGCUGGAGUAUGAAAAGUGUGAACGGCACUGCAAGAUCCAAAAGAAGAACCGAAACAAGUGCCAAUACUGCCGCUUCCAGAAGUGCCUGUCUGUGGGCAUGUCCCACAAUGCUAUCCGCUUUGGUCGGAUGCCUCAGUCGGAGAAGCUGAAGCUAAAGGCGGAGAUCCUGACAGGGGAAAGAGAGGUUGAGGACCCCCAGAUAGCCGACCAGAAGACCCUGGCCAAGCAGAUCUACGAGGCCUACCUGAAGAACUUCAACAUGAACAAGUCCAAAGCAAGAACCAUUCUCACGGGCAAGACCAGCACACCGCCCUUUGUCAUCCACGACAUGGACACACUGCAGCUGGCCGAAAAGACUCUGGUGGCCAAAAUGGUGGGCACGUCCACGGCCAGCCUGCAGAACAAGGACGCAGAGGUGCGCAUCUUCCACUGCUGCCAGUGCACCUCGGUGGAGACCGUCACCGAGCUGACGGAGUUCGCCAAGUGCGUGCCGGGCUUCUCCAGCCUGGACCUGAAUGACCAGGUGACGCUGCUCAAGUACGGCGUGUACGAGGCGCUCUUCGCCAUGCUGGCCUCCUGCAUGAACAAGGAUGGGCUGCUGGUGGCCUACGGCAGCGGCUUCAUCACGCGCGAGUUCCUGAAGAGCCUGCGCCGGCCCUUCAGCGAGAUGAUGGAGCCCAAGUUCCAAUUCGCCAUGAAGUUCAACGCUCUGGAGCUGGACGACAGCGACCUGGCUCUGUUUGUGGCUGCAAUCAUCUGCUGCGGAGAUCGGCCAGGCCUGGUGAACGUGCCGCACAUAGAGUACAUGCAGGAGAACAUCGUGCACGUGCUGCGGCUCCACCUGCUGGCCAACCACCCGGACGACACCUUCCUCUUCCCCAAGCUGCUGCAAAAGCUGGCCGACCUGCGGCAGCUGGUGACGGAGCACGCACAGCUGGUGCAGGAGAUCAAGAAGACGGAGGAAACCUCUCUGCACCCGCUCCUGCAGGAGAUCUACAGGGACAUGUACUGAGGUGCCGGGCAAAGUCAAGUCAAGCUAAACAGACCCCACCACCACCACCCUUCCCCUGUAUCAUCUCCUCGAGCGGACUCGCACUGUGAUAGUUCAAGCACGUGUGUGUGUGAGAGAGAGAGAGAGAGUGUGUGUGUGUAUGUGUGUGUGUGUGUGUGUGUGGUCACCUACUGAAACACUGUGCUGAGGAGACAAUGGGCCCAGUCUGUGGGCCCCUGUGGAAGGGAGCUGCUAAAUGUACUGAUGAUGAGGGAUGCAGACAUGAACGGACCCUGUCAGUGUAAGCGGUUCUUUGUCACGGCUCCAGAGGAUCUGAGGUCACUUAGGGUCCGCCAACCUCACAGGCGUCUGAAGGGGAAUGCCAAGGUCAGAGCAACAGCAGCUACGAGUGACACUGGGUGGUGGUGGUGGUGGUGGUGGGGGUUGAUUGAUGUAGGCAAUUAGGCCUCAGUGCAGGGCCUUGUCUGUCAUACUUUCAGAAACACUAUCCCUUGGCUAACUCAAGUUCUAUGGUUUUGACAUUAAUCGAAGCACUAGAGACCGUGUAGGAGCUGGACUUGCUGGCAGUCUCCCCCUCGACAAGCAAUAUCUCCCUACAUAGUGUAUUACAAAGACCAGGACAUUGACGGUCAGAGAAAUGACACCCUUAGAUUUACAGCAGUGACACCCAAGUGACUUCAGCGUAGACCUUCGCCAUCCGAUGCAACUGACUGUGUAUAAUAAUACUCAGGCCCGGGCAGUUCGCUCCCCACCGUUUGGGGAGUGCUUUGUCAUCCAGUCACUGACUAGCACACCCCUCCACCACUGAAUUGCUUAGCGAAAUAUAAUGUCAACCGAUGUACUGUCAAAGCCACCUCUGUCUCUUUGCCUGGUCUUAGUAUCAGGCAAGGUCAUGACUCAAAAUGUGGUUUUACCGUCAGUCUCUGUCCAGUGCUUUUAUUUUUUCAUCAUGGUUUGCCUGUUUGAACAACUGCAGUCUCAAUGUGUUGUGUACCACCAUUUUUUUUUGCUUUAAAACUUGAUUUGACAUGAAGUGCUUAGAGUAAAGAAAGUCCCCAGACACUCCUUUCAAAUCUUCCAGGACUUUUCCUUGCCUGGACUUUGUCCAGCGCAGGCUGAAGGACUUGUUAUGCUUACCACAGUAAUAUUAUUCCCCGAUUUCAAGUUUUUUUUUUGCUUUUUAUUUUUUUACAGUCUGAAUGCGUUACCAGCCACUUUCAUUAUUCAUUUGACUUUUUUUAUUGGCAAUACUGUCAAUGCCAUAGAAACAUUCACAAAGAAUAUGUAUAUAUUAUGAACCUGAUGAUGUUUAUGAUAAUGAUUAGUAUCAUAAACACAUAUUAAUUCUGAUUUUAAUUAAUUAAUAGUAUGAAAGUGGAUGAUAUCCCAGAGCUUUUAUUCACCUCCCAAAAUACCUUCUGAAUACCUAAACUAUGAACUAUAGAUUUUAUGGUCUUAAUCUGCACCAGCAAAUGAUAUAAUUGUGUCCCCAUCUGUAUUAGGGGUGUUUAGAGUUUGAACUUGACAUCUCUGUAGUGAUCAUUUCAUUGUUCUGUGAAAGCUCUGGGGGAGUCAGUGCACACACACACCCUCUGAGCUCAAGGCUUGUUGACAGGCUGGCUAUCUUGAAAUAUUGCUCAGUUGUGAUUGAACUCCAGCAGGUCCUAAUCUUACUCUGUCGUGUCCUGUGACUUUGUCCCCCUGGCAUUGAAGCCUAAUGGAAACAUGGCACGUCGGAGGCAUGCUAUUCACGUGCAUAAGCUCAACUCGGGUUCCUUUACAAGGGACUUUCCCCUCGUUUAUGGCUCUAUGAUGUGAGGCGUGUUACAGAUUCCCCACCGGCACGAUUUAACCGAGCUAAAAUGUGCCGUACUGCACCAAAUUCUUUUUUUUAUGUGUUUUUUUUUUUUUUUUUUAGGGGGUUCACAAUUACCGUCUCAAAUUUAAGUGCUUGUGAAACAUUCAUGUCAGAACGUGUGUGUAGAUGUGGAUUCUCUCCGACGACAACAACAACAUCAGUCUGAUUGGAAGAUAAGUAAUCCUACAGAAUGAAGGUUAUGAUCCCGUCCACAAGAGGAGGCCAGGGUAAUGAUCCUGUCCACAAGAAAACUUUGUUUCACUGCAGUAACCACAAAAUGGGUACGCACCCAGUCGGUUUUCUGGGGUUACAUUCACCAGAGUAAGGUCAUUUUCUUGUUCAGGCAGUGGUGGUUUGCAACACUAUCAUAACAUCACAUGAGACAAAUGAGAGUGACUGAGCCAACAUGACUGAACAGCACAUAGGGUCAUGGAGUACAUGCAAUACUAUUAAUACCUCACUUUUUGGAUGCCUUCUGACAAAGCAAAUGUUUGACACUCCAGCUUUAGGUUCUUUCUUCAGAGCAAAUAAAGUGUAUUUAGUGUUUAAGGGCUAAAUUUAAAACAAACGGAAAGCUAUCUUCAAGGUUAAAACAGGUUAAGGCUGUUGUUUUGCUCUCUCUCUGUCUCUUAUUGAUCUCUCUAUCUCUCUCUCUCUGUCUCUCUUUCUCUACUUCUGUUAAAUUCUUCAAUACUCCUUCUCUAUCAGUCUCUCCCGUCCCUCCCUCCCUCUCUCUCUUUCUGGCCUCUGUUUGUGUCACACACUCUUAGCCAUAGUGCCUCUGGGCUGCAGCGCUGAGUCCUCCUAUCUGACUGGUUAAAGAGUUAAGGUUUCACUGGUGAGGCUGUGAUCUUCAGUUGUCUCCACAUGUACAGUAGAGUCUUGACUUUUUUAAGACCAGGCUUAAGAGGUGCACUCCAGCCAUGCUUUCCUCCUGAUUCCCUAAAAUGUGGAUCUAUAAUUUUGAUUGUGUGUGUGUGUGUGUGUGUGCUUAGAGUCUGAUAUGUUACUAUAGAGGCUAUGGUAAUACAAAGUGUGUGGGACACAUAAGAAAAUGAGUAAUCACUUGAUCAGUUAAUGAGGAGGGAGGAGAGGAGGAGAUGUGAAGGUAUGAAUUACAUUUUUUUUUUAAAGCAUUUGUUGUCAAAAUCUACAUACUAGCUCAAAAUUCAACAAUUUGCAUCCAUGUGUUGCACCAUAGAACGCCGCUGUUAAACACUGAAAUGAAAGGAAAUUUAAAAAAAUUCUCUUUUGACUGGAGUGCGCCUUUUAAAAGCUGAAUAAUAUGCUGAAUAUCGGGUUUGACCAAUGGGCUUUAGACAUUUUCUUUCAAGUAUGCAUACAAAUGUAGGUUAUAUCUGGGCCUGAUAAUCCUCACUGAGAGGUCACCUGCCUCCAACACCAGCUAACAGUCAGGAAUAAUGAAUGAUCAUGAUAUUUUUCAAGGCAUUAUCACUUUUGCAUGUUGCUGUUGAAAUGUAUGGGUGAAUGUGGUCUGAGGAUUUUUUUUUACUUCAAGUCAUUUAGUCAAUAACUGAUUAGUUCGGCCUGUCCGUUAGUUUCAUCUUGUCAGCACCACAUUCGCCAUAACUCUUACAAAGCCACUUUGAUGGGAGAAUGUACAUUAUCUGACCUGGCUGCGCUCACAAACAUGUUUUUAUAGGUGGGAAAAGAGCUUGCUUUGUAGCCCUGUACAUGUAUUAUGAGGUAAAUAUGAAUAAUGUGUUGCCCUCUUUAAUCUGUGGUAUGCUAUGGCGCUACUGACAAUGCAGUAUGUCUCUCUUUUAUUGUCUGUCCUUUCCUCUUUCUUUCUGUAUGCAAGAUAUUUUCAUUGUUUAUGACUGUACAAACAUUUAGCUAUGUCUUGUUUUUGUCACUUUAUGCAUAAUUUUGUGAUUGUGCUGUUAAUUGAGUUGAAUCAUAUUUUUAUACUAAAGCUAAAAAAUAUAUAUAAAUAUAUCAUUUGUUUUGAUUAUCCGAGAUGUUAGCGCAGUGUACAUAGAAUCAUGGUUAACUCUGUAACAGAUUGUAUUACUUUAGAAUUGAAUUGGCAUGAGGACAUUCCUUUUGUGAUUUCCACAUUGUAGAGGAGGGAUAAAGCCAUGUGCUCUGUGCCUGGAGGCUCUUACCUUGAUGUACAUCACAGACACACCUUCAUAGCUGCCAUUAAUACUUGACCUGGAGACAGUCACACCUAGUGAACAUGUCAAGUUAAACAUUUUCUUCGUUAUCUGAAACAAACAGGUCUGUCUCGGGCUAUCUAAGUCCCCUCACAGGGCAUAGCGGCCUUUGUGUCUGCUGUGGUCUCAGGUAAAAGAUUGUGUCGUGAAGGGGAUGGUUCAUGCCUAAAUUACCACUGAGAUUACUGACCAUAACUGCCAUGUCGAGCCAGAUGGUUCUCAUCUCUCUGGGUGCUCUCUAAUAGAUCAGUCUGCUUGCAUACACAUUGUAUUCGGUCCUAAACCUGGCCCUGAUCUAGAAGAUUCCUGAAACAAGAAACAGUAGUGUAGUAGUAGAGUAUCGAGGAAUGCAUUUUAUAAUUUCCCCCCCCCCAAAUGGUGCAUGCUAUUGAAACUCAUUCAUUUCCAGAUAUCAGAAGCCUCCACUGAAUGCAGUACAAAUGAAGCUCUCCAGCUCAUGUGAGAUUCAACACAACCUGUGCCUUAACAGUCUCCCUUACCAGUAAGAAGGCACAAGGAUGGAUUCUGAUCAAUAAAACAAGAACCGCAAGAACAUUUGUACAAAAGACAGAAAUAUUACUACAAUGUUUAUAUCUCAGUGAAAUACUGACUCUGCAGCCUGAAGUGAUCAAAGUUAGAGGGUCAUACCCACAUAUUUUCCAGUGCAAAGGCAUGCACAGUUGUUUGAAUACAUUGAGCCCAAAUCCAGGGAGCAGUCCGUUUGCAUUUAGAAUAGCAGGCUAUAUUUCAAGAAUUUAGAAGGGAUUGUAAUUGAUAUCAGGGAAUAGAUACCAGUCUUCCCUAUUUUGCACUAGCUCAGGUCACAUUGAGGUACUGUUUUACCUUUGAUGUAUUCAUGCUGACUUGUAGUCAAGCAAUGUUUUAUUUCCUGAAUGAUCCCUUAUAUUGUUUCUUUAUAUCCCCUUUUCAGGUUGGGUGGUUUUCUAGCUAGUGUCAUGUUUGAACUACUGCACAGUUAGUGUAACGUUCAUAUGGUUUAAUACAAUAAAUGUUUGGCAAAUGUAAUGUCUAGUCAUGUAAACCAUAAAUAAUCUGACCUUAACUGGAUUUCAAAAUAAAAUAUCCAAACUAUCAA